UCGCCCUCCUCCUCUUUCUGCGGCGCUGGAAACUUUUGCUGUUUUUCAACCGCUAUGAGGAAACCCAUCGACCUCUGAUCGGAUACUUGAACACUUUUAGGACUUUUAGGUAGGCUUCUUUAUCUGAGCCCCCCACCUCUCACUCUCUGUCCUGCCUGUGAUGCCCGCGGGGAUGUUCAGUAUCGACAGUAUUCUAGCUGGCAGACCCAGCUGUAAGGACCCCGCGCUGCUCCACCGCAGCGCCCCGCUCGUCUUCUCCAACCUGGCGGACUCGCUGUACUCGGCGGCAGACUAUAACGGACUCUACUCGCCCACAGGAGCUGCGGCCGCGAGCCUGCCGCCCGUCAGCGGAGCCAGGCUCGGCUACAACAGCUACUGCUACGGGCAGCUUCAUGUGCAAGGACCGAGUGGCCCAACGUGCUGUGGCGCCAUGCCCACCCAGUGUCCGUGCAUUCCCACAGGCUACGACAGCAGCGGCUCUGUGCUGAUGUCUCCAGUGCCCCAUCAGAUGGUGUCCUACCUGAACAUGGGCUCGCUGUCGCGGACGGAUCUGCACCUGCUUAGCCAGCUGCAGUGCAGGCGCAAGAGGCGCCACCGCACCAUCUUCACGGACGAGCAGCUGGACGCCCUCGAGCGGCUCUUCCAGGAGACCAAGUACCCGGAUGUGGGGGCACGAGAACAGUUAGCACGGAAGGUGCACCUGCGCGAGGAGAAGGUCGAGGUUUGGUUCAAAAACAGACGAGCGAAAUGGAGAAGGCAGAAAAGAUCUUCGUCCGAGGAAUCAGAAAACACCCAGAAAUGGAACAAACCCACGAAAACAGCUGCAGAGAAAACCGAGGAGAGCAAAAGCGACGCGGACUCGGACAGCUGAUAAAGAAACACCUCUCCAAAAAGAGAAUAACACUCCUUUAUCUUGCACAAACAAACAGCUCCGGUCUGGACUUGUACAUGCUGUAAAUGAUCAUGUGAACUGAACUUAACGCUCGUGUGUUGUCAUGCUGUUGCACAGAUGUAUAGGAAAAAAAAUGUUCCCUUUAUCAUUGAUAUUGUUAUUUAUAUUAA